AGGUGCCUUACUUUACGAUGCAAAUUCUACUUUGACUUCUUACUACAUCAGCGUGGUUACUUUGGUAAAAUGAGCUUUGACCACAAGAAUGAAACACUUUCAAUAACAGUCCAGCCUGGAGAGGGAGACAAGGCUGCUCUGAAUGACAUGAAAUCUCUAUCAGGAGGUGAACGUUCCUUCUCAACCGUUUGUUUCAUUCUUUCUCUGUGGUCCAUUACUGAAUCUCCUUUCAGAUGCUUGGAUGAAUUUGAUGUCUACAUGGACAUGGUUAAUAGAAGAAUUUCAAUGGACAUGAUGCUAAAGAUGGCAGAUUCUCAGCGUCAUCGACAAUUUAUUUUGCUCACUCCACAAAGCAUGAGUUCUCUACCAACAAGUCGGCUUAUUAGAAUCCUCCGAAUGCAAGAUCCUGAAAGAGGGCAGACAACACUGAAUUUCCAAAAUAGACACCAAGAGCAGGAAGAUGAUUAAACUUGAUACAUAUCUUUAUACAUUAAUAUAUUAUCCCAAAUGACCAGAGUUUUGUACAGUAUAACUGUAUAAUUAUGUCUGUAAGAUUAUUUACUUAUUGCUGGUUAAAAGAAAAAUUAAUUGGAGGAUAUGCCUAGCAAAGGAAAAAGUUCCUUUAUAUUUUCUAGUAUGUGUUUGGACAAGCUGAAAACAUAAGCACAGUGUAUAAUUUUAAUAAAACUUGGACUUGACAACUAGUAAAACACAAAUUUUCUUUCGACUCGCUUUUUUUAUUGCCAGCUACUAGAGUUUAGAGCAGAACAUAUAUUUUCAGGGAGUUCUUUAUUUUUUUUUGUAUAACUGGCCCAAGAUAAUUUUAAUAAACUUUUUACAAAAAUGAUAUAAGUAAUAAUGUGUUCAAUAUAUACCAUAAAAAUGAAGUGUUUACAACUUAAAAUUCUACACAGUAGGAUUAUAUUUUUAAAUUGUAUUCAAGGUUAUAAAAUGUAACGUAACACAUGCUCUUAAUUUUCAAAGGUGUGGAUGUCAUUCAGUUUAUCAAGGGUAGGAUUAUUGUGCUGUUGGGCAUUAUUUGUUAUUUGAUUGUAUUAAUAUUUGUUUACAUCUUGAGCAGUGCAAAUAUUUUUGGUAUUUUACCUUGGAUACACAAAGAAACUACUAUCUUAAGAACUUACCCACUGAUAAAUGAAAAUGGGUUCUGAAGUUCUUUUAAAAACAUCUUCCUUUAAUACUACGUACCGGUAGUGCUCUAAUUAAAGCACCAUCCCCCGCAACUUUGGAGCACAUGUUAAAGUACCCAAAGGUGCCACCUUGCCUUACAUUCUGCCUGACUUCAGACUAACACUGCUAACCACCAUUCUACAAACUGUGUUAACUACAAUCAAUCUGCCCGUUCCAUUUUCUAGUUGAACAAGAGCUAAUAAGUGCAGACAGAAUUAAUAAUUUUCACUUUAUAUUCCAUAGCUUAAAGUGCAGAAUUUAUUUGCAGUCCUUUGACCAUGGAAAAACUAAUCCCUAGCUUCUCCUAAGAUUUUUUUUCUUUGUAUAAGUGAUUUGAGUCUUCAGGCAUCACUGUAAUGUCUAGAAAAGUUUCUUUGACAAAGGUAGUUCUUUAAUUUUGGUUAAACAAAGCAUGUAUGUAAUAUGCUUACACAGGUGGAUCUAGACCCAUGUAUAUGUAUUAAAACUAAACAAAAGGGAGAAUCCUUCCAAAGCUUCUCCCAAAGCAAAUCUUCCUCAAUAUAUGGGAAUGGAGGGAGCAGAAGACUCCAUUGUAUCACAUGGGGUCGUCUUUUGCUAAUCUAAAUAGAGGGAUACACUUACUAUGGUAGUGGCCAGCAAUACAAAACCCUGAGGUACACUUAAUAUGGGAAUAAUUUCAAAAUAUAUUGAACGUAUAUUUUUAAAUGUGAUUUGCUGAGUAACGUACAAAUAUAUGUAAAACUACAUACAUCUUUUUAGUAAACAAGUUAAUUGUAUCAGGCUUGUGAUCCAUUGCAUAUAUGGGAAAUGCAUCUUGUACUUUUCAUACAUACAGUGGUAAAGUGUGAUCAUAUGGAGGUGUGUUACACAAGACUUAUUGGACUGGGGGGUGGGGGUUGUUGUAUGCUGUAGUGAGAGGUUCUCGGUUUUGUUUUUGUUUUUUGUUUGUUUGUUUUUAAUACCAACAGGGGAAAGUUUUGUGGGUUUUUUAUUUAUUUCAGUUUCUUUGAAUAAAUUACACUGAAUGAACUUUCUGACCCCUCAGGAAUUUAAGCUCUUAGGAGCUUGUCUGCAACUGUCAAUUUAAAGUUCAGGCCAAAAAGUCUGCACUUCUUUGAACUUGCAGUGACUCGAGAAUACCUUGAUCUUUCAAAUAAUUCUAAUUUAAUGGUUG